GUCCGUCGACAUCACCAGCCAGCCAGCCAGCCAGCCAGAGAUCCUAGAAGGCCUUCGCGAUUUGCGGCUCGUGAAAUUUUGUGAAAGAAUUUUGCACCCAGCAAAGCGAGCGAGCAAAAGUUUUCCACGACCCGGGGGGGAAGGUGGUGCGGUGCACAUUCGCAAGUUAAAUUACCCAACACGGUGUAAUGAUAAGUGAUUAUUAAGUGCAAAAAGAUCGCAGAUAGGCACGGCCCGCACGGUUUAAGGUGCGGUUUUCGUUUCUUUUUCUUGCUUUUCUCGUUGAAUUUUCCACACCAAUUUUACGCCAAACCCCUGGCAAGACCCUGGCAACCACGGGUCGGCCCGUUGGCUUGCGCUUUGGGUGUCCUUUGCAGGCGGCUUCUUCGAAGAAGCGAGGCGCCCAAGUAGGGUGGUUGAUAAGGAAAAAUAAAUUACCUUUUCCGGCGGUGCGAGCAGCCGGGGGAGAGGCUCGUGAGCUUUUAAUUUUCCACCUACACCUUCACGAAACGACGACACAAACCGGGGCGGGGUGGUGGUGUGGCGAAAGCUUUCGCGUUCUUGGAAACGAAACAUACCUUCUUUCCUUCCUUCCGGCCGGGGUGGUUGGCGAUCCAUUACCUUUCACCACCACGAUGCGAGCGUGCGGGCUAGCGAGUGAAAUUGAAAAUCAUAUUCAUUGAUAAAUUACUGUGUAUGUAUAGUGCUCCCGUAUGUGUGUCUGUGGUUUAGUGUGAUGUUCUAAGAACGAAGAAAGUCCUUGAACCAUAAAAGGAACGGAAAGAUCGUUACGAUUGGAUAAGGCGAAGCAGCAAACGGUCGAGCGUCGUCCUCGCGAAGUGACAGUGAUGGGUGCGUCCACUUAACGGUCACCAACCGGCGACGCCAACUAGGAUGCGGCCGGCGAUGGUGGGAAGAAGUGUCAAAAUCUGACGAUGACAUCGACGAUACCAUGGCCUGCUUCUCGGAUCGGAUCCACGGCCGUCCACGGUAGCUCCUUCACGUCUCGGUGAUGAUCCAUUAGUGAAAAGGGACCGUAGAAACUCCGGUGCAUUACUCCGGGCGUGUGUGUUGGCCACAGUGCCAUUCGCUUCCCAGCCCCCCCCCCCCCCCGCAGGGAGGAAGGGAUUCAAUUAAUAACUUGUCGUGUCGCCUUCCGCCAUCGCUGUCAUCGGUGACGACCGAGACCCCGAAAUUCGCUCAAGACGCCUUACAGGCCACCGCCCAGCCCACGUAUUCAUCUUCCUCGUCGCGACGGUAUCACGAUAGGUCACGGCAGUCAUGGUGCACCUUGCAAAGGCCGGUAUCGGCUGCUGUCGGAUCAUCAUCUACUCGACGACCCUCGUGCUGCUGGUGUUCCUUCAGCAGGUCUACACCUUCUGUCCCUCGAUAUGUACGUGCGAGGGUGAUCCGAACAUGCGCACCUGGUGCAUCGGGGCCGGCCUCGAUGUCGUCCCGAUUCAGCUCAAUCCGGAGAUGCGCUACAUCAAUCUUACCGCGAACCGGAUCACAAGCGUUCACUUUACGCUCACCUUUUACUACAAGCUGGAGGUGCUCGAUCUUUCGCUCAAUCGGAUCGAGGCACUCGGUUCGCGUAACUUUGACACACAGGAGAACCUGCGGACGCUCAAUCUGAGUGGGAAUGCGAUCACCAUCCUGCCCAAGGAUGCACUGCGGGGGUUGAAACGGUUGCAGACACUGCAGUUGACGAACAAUCGCAUCGAGACGGUCCAUCCGGCCGCCUUUCAUGAUUUGCGUAAUUUGAUCGAGCUCGAUCUGACGGGCAAUGCGAUCACGAGCCUGGAACCGGGCACCCUGCGCCAUCUGUACUCGCUCGAGGUGCUUUCGUUCCAGAACAAUCAGCUGCUGGAGGUACCGUAUGGGCGGAAUCUGGAGCAUCUGGCACGGUUACAGUUGCUCGAUCUGUCCAUCAAUCUGCUCGAGUACAUCGGGAACGAUAGUUUCGUGGGGCUGAGGGAACUGCGGACACUUCGGCUGGGGGGUAAUGUGCUGAGCGAGCUGGACUCCGGUGCAUUCCAUGGGCUGACCGGGCUGAAGGUGCUCGAUGUCGUCGACAAUAAUCUUACAGUUGUGCCAACACUGCAAUUAUCAAAAUUGUGUAAUUUAACAUAUUUAUCACUGAGCGGAAACUACUUCACGGUGCUACCGGCCGUGGCGUUCCAGAACCUCUUUCAGCUGCAGCAGCUACAUCUCGAUCGGCUCGACCGGCUCGAGCGGAUCGAUGUGCGGACGUUCGUGGACAACGCGAACCUGCGGAUUCUCACCCUGGACGACAAUCCAUCAUUUGCGAGCUUACCGUUACGGUUGUUCCACGGCAAUCCGGCCCUGGAGGAGAUUUCGAUGCGCCGGAACGCGCUGACACGCCUCGACGCGGUCCACUUUCCGCUCGAUCGGUUGCAGCGGCUCGAGCUGGCCGGCAAUCCGCUCGUCUGCAACUGUUCACUGCUGUGGCUGUGGCGAUUAACCACCGGUUACGGGCUGCACGAUUCGGCCGACUUCCGGUUAAUCGUGCCAGCGGCCGCUGCCGCCGCAGCACUCAUCACUUCUUCCUCUGCAUCCUCCUCACCGUCGACAUCGACGGAGCAACAGGAUGAUGAGGGAGUUCAUCGGCACCACCAGUACCACCGACAGCAGCUGCACCAUGGCGGUGGUGGUGGUCCACUGCGCAUCGAUCGCGAUGAGAUCGGUUGCGAUUGGUACGAGGAUGGACACCGGACACGCCAUCUGCUCCGUACGCUCAGUGAGUCCGAUAUGCACUGUCCAACGCAUCUGCUCACCGUCAUCAGUGCGGUGUUGAGCGUGCUGCUCGUCCUGGCCACCGGUGCCAGCGUGCUGUACGUCCUGCGGCAGUCUAAACGCCGCAAGCGACUCCUCACCGACGAUGAUGAUGUGCGGCGUAAGGUGACGGUGGGUGGUCUCGGUGAUCUGGCCGUGCCACACCCCCAGAAGGUCGAUAAGCUCGAACUGGAGCGUUACCUGGCCCAACAGCAAUCGCUGGUGCAUGAGUACCGGGCGCUCAGGGCCCCCUGGGAGCUCGCCACCACCGGCAGUGCGCUUCCGGUGAAGGAGGACCUCAGCCGGUACGGUAGUGUCACGUCGGCAGGUCCCGGUACUCGCCCGGAGGCCACCAACACGACGGACCACUACGAAAGCCUCGACUUUUAUCAGCAGCAGCAUCAGCAGCAGCAGCAGCCAGCACCACAGCAAAAGCGAACACUCUCCCGACCACACAUUGUCUUCGUAUGACUCUAGACCGGCCGACGUCACCGAGGUUACUGCACCGGAGGGCGGCGGAGCACUAGCAGCGUUACGCCGUUGCUGGAGUUCGAGAGCGCCGUCUGAACCAAACGCCAUCCUGUCACCCACAUGACUGCGCAGAGAGAGAGAGAGAGAGAGAAGAAGCGCCUGCCAGGAGUUCCGACGGCUUGGACGCAGCAUCCCUCAAAACCAAAGAUAGAUAAUACAUACGUACGUACAACAGGAUUACGCUUUGCGAUAUGAAAAUUGUGAAGGCCGCAGGUAAGACUGCGAACAAUCAGCGCGUUGCUCAUGAUGAUUCGUUCGUGAUAUUGCACACGACAUGAACGGUGAACGGUGAACGCAACUCAAAAGAAAAGGAUAAUCCUGCUCGCGAAAAAAAUAGGCGGCGGCGGCAGUGGUGGCGUCGCAAAUGAAGAUUGAGGUGCCAGUGACAGGUGACGUCAGGAAACGAUGAUGGCCGGAGCCAAAGGGAGGCUUUAUUGUGGUGCGCGAAUGCGAAUGCAGAUGAGGAUGAGCAAAGCUAAGCUAGCUUAGGCCAAGUUAUCGCUAUUUCCCCCCCUUCCAACCCAUUGUAUAUUAACUCCACACAGACACAAACACUCUAGCGCGUAGUGUAGUCAAGCUGGAAGGGAUGGAAUUUCAAAAUAGAAUUGUAAGUGGCAGCAGGAAUUAGGAAAGUUGCAAAAUAAAAAAUAUAAGCAGGAAAAGAAAGGAAUUGCUGCAGCAAGAGGGAUAUUUUCGAUAGGCCAAGCAUUCCAUUGUUGGUCAACCGAAAAUGGCUGAUGACGUUAUGUACCAACGUAUAGAUGUAACACUGCUACUAUAGAACUCGUGAUAGGCUUGAAGUGCAUGGGUGUUAUGGUGGUGAGUCCCCAUUACACCUCUUUCAAGAACAGAACUACCCCCUCUCCCCUCCCCCAAAAACGAAACACAACACGCAUAUACACGUAUAAAUAGCAUGUACUCGCUGGUACAUUGAAACCUCUUUAUUUUGUACUAAACUCUAGAUAUAAAAGGCAGACAAACUAUACCAAGAUGAAAGGCAAACCGAAAACCAAAGCACCCUCUGAAAAAAAAACCACAAACUGUAAACACUGCAAAGCGGAUUGCAAACGUAAAGAAAAGUGCGGAAAAAAACCGAAACAAAAUAGCUGCAAUCCGCUCGCUAAUCUUAUCUCGUGUGAAUUGACAAAAAGCAAUAAAAGUUAUAGAAGCGAAAGACAGAAGAAAAGAAGGAGCAACAUUUGCCACACGAUUUUUUUCGCGCAGAUGCUAAUCGACAAAUGUAAAAAUGGCAUAAGCUGGAAUUGGAUUGGCGGAUCUCAUACUUUAACUGCGAAGAGCGAAUGCAAACAACCAAAUGUAACCUUGUAAGAGUAAGUGUAAAGGUGAGCAAGCAUCAGCAGCGCUAGCACCAUCGAGUUUUCUUCUUUUUUUUUCCUCAGGUUCCCCAAACGCGUACGAACCUUGCAGGACACAUUACACAUAACACAGGGGUUGAGUAAGUUAGCUAAUUUAAUAUUUUCAUAACAAAACUGAACGCAAAACGCGCAAAGCGAGCGGUAGCAGAAGUGAAAAGAAAAACAACACCAGCUCUGUGUAAAGUACUAACAAACUGUGUAAAGUAACAUACAGCAGCAGCAUAAUACACCCAAAACAAAAAAAACACGUGAAGCACGAGUACCGACGACGAAUGAUAUUGUGAAAACUGAUUGAAAAUGGAAUAAAAAACAAAACAAAUCAAAUGAA